UUUCGCUCAGUGCUAGAAUCUAGAAUCUAGAUCUGAAAUCUAAAGUAGAACAAUCUAAAAUACGAGUAUCUUGUUAUACUCACUAUGAAUUUAGAAGGUGUAUUAUUAACCUAGUGUUACUUAAGGAAAUUACCUACUGAUUAUAAUCAACAAUGGAUUCACAUCCUCCUGUUGAUGCACAGGAGGGUGCUUUUCAAAGUGGCACUGAUUUGCCUGAUGUACAUGCAUCACAUGUGUAUGUGUUAAUGAAAAAAAAUAUUCGAGUUUCCAGAAACAUUAGAGCAUGCUGGUUUUUUAGGCACUUGCAAAGACAAGUAUAUUUUAAACCACUUGCAUCUUUGGAGCCUCAGGAAUUAACAGAGGAACUCACUCUUGUUUCGGUUAUCCCUAAAGAUACUGAAGUAAAGCUAUUACCAGGACUGAUUUACAAAGUCCAUGUUGGCCCUGACACAAUAGUCACCUUUCUGUCAUCUCAAUACAAACUGUCUUUCACACUAGAUUUGAGCCCUUCGUUGAUGUCAGUGGAUAUACAGAAUAGCAAGUAUGUUUUUGAUGAAAUCUUUCAAUCACUCAGUCGUUGUUUAAGAGGACUUGUUAUGCCACUUGUUAUUCCUGGAAGUUGCCUUCGGUAUUCCCCUGAUUUGUACAUAUCUGUUAUAUGUCACACACCAGUUGUCUGUUCAUUCACUAACCAGGUCUUGGUACAAGGUGUAAAAGUGAACCAAGAUAAUUUAGAUUAUUACCUUAAGCAUAUAGAAGUUGAACUGAAUCAGUAUGAGACUGCACUGUCCAAUAGCUUUGUCACUUUACUGAAACUUUACAGAAGAAAGGAAGGUUUUUUUCUUGAUGAGGAUGAGGAAGAGGGAGAUGGCCAGUUUAAUAUCACUGAUCACAUUGGUAGCCCAGAGGCUGGGUUUACUAACAUGCUUCGUUAUGGGAUACUGUCCCUUCAGCUCUUGCCUGAUAACUCUAGCUCAGGGAUAAUAAUAAUUACUGAUGGUAUUGUUGGUUUGCCAACUUCCUAUCUCAUUGAGAUGCUUUUGAAUCAGAUGCGCAAUAAUACUACCAUGUGCAGUUUUAUCAAAGUUGGAUGUCCUUCUGGCUUGUACAGAAAGUUGGCUCAUGUACCUCAUAUAGAACUGAUGCAAGCCAUUGCCACAGCAACAUUUGGAGCUUAUCUUGGUGCUGGUCCUGAUGUGAGUGAAGAAAAGAAUGAAGCCAACCUUUACCAUCGUGCUUUGCUUUUUUGGUCAUUUCAACGUGGCCUUGAAGGGUUUAAGUAUGAGUUGACCCACUAUAGUGAUGAGGAUUUACCUGGCUCUAUAUCAUGGAUUAAAAAAAUGCUACAUCGCCACCCUAUAACUGGGGAAAGCUUUGGUGUGGAAUCCUUGCGUAAAGAGAGAGAGAAACGCACUGUUCGUGCAGGCCUACACAGUGUGUUGUCAGUCAGACUCAGGGAAGGCUAUACUAUCAAAAGUGUAUGCUUUAAAAAAGAUCAUUCUGAGAUCCAUGUGAAAUUACAUUUUCCUUGGAGAGAUUAUGGUAAAAUAGAGUAUGCUGCUUCAGCAGCCUGGCCAUUGAAUACUUCAAGCCCAAUAACUCUUAUUGAGGUGACGGUGGAGGGCAGCUAUGAUUUGCUCCAUGAAAUGUUGUGUAAACCAAACAAUGAAGUGAAAAGUAAUCUCAGAAUUAACAACAUCAAAUCUCUUUGGACUAUUUUGGAAAGGAUUUGCUCAACUGACACAAUGUUGGAACACCUUCAGUCUUUCUCAUCAGAACCUGUUUAUUAUAAAACACCAGAAAGUUUACUAAGUGGUGUCCCUUUGUUCUACAUGCCUCAAGAAGGGCCUACACUCAAUAUGCAGCUUAAAGCAAGCACUAUGGAACGUUUUGCUGCUUUUUGGAAAGCUGUCAUACAACUCGACACCAACAGCUGGCAAAAAUGGCUGCACUCUCAUCGCAUUGGUCUUGUUUUAGAACAUGACAGACAGUUUCCAAAAUGUUUCCAAGUUCCAAAUGCCAGCUCACGUUUUACAACCAUUCAGUGUCGCCAGGCUCUAGCCUCACUCAGUCUUCUCCUACGUGAAUGGAGUACAUUUGUCUUGGCAGAAAAUCACUCAUACAUUAAGUUCAUACAGCAAGAACAAGACAAACCCCCAAAAUUUUUCUGUGUUCUGAGGCUGACUUCUAAAGCACCAAACAUGAUCAUUCGUCUGGGUUUCUUAGGUGGCACCCCAGCUUCUAUACGACUAGAGGAGCUGGACAUCUUGAGAGAGAAGAUAAAAAACUUGCACUUUCCUCAGAGAGGGACACAGAAAAAUAUCCAAAAGAUGGCGUCCAGCUCGUCCAUAAGUGGACAAGAAGAGAAGCAGAGGCCAUACAAGUCACCACUGAAUAGGGAGGGCUCUGAGAUAGCAUGUUGUGUUCUGCUGAAAAAACCAGUGGAGAAAAUCUUAGUCGUCUAUGAAAGUAAACCCAAGGAUAUGACCAUAGUUAAAGAAGCUCAAAAAGAGAUGACUAGCAGGAAACAACAGGACCCAAUGCGCUCUGUGUUCCGCACUCUGACUCAUUACCUCCAGCACCAGAGAUGGGUGUGGAACAUACAAGCCAACUCCAAGAGUUCACUCUCUAUGACAUCUGUCAGUCGCAUGCUUGCUACACUCACCAAGUUAAGAUUACAAGAGGGUUUCCAUUUUGCUGCCUCUGGUGCUGGCGUGUCAAAUUUAGUCCUUGAGGUGGACAUGAAGGAAACAUCAGACAGCCAAGAGGAUGACAAUCUCCACACAUGUGUAAUACAGUACAUAAUAUUUCCUCCACAUGUCAAUGCCAUUGAUGAUAGCUUGUCUGAAGAUGAGCAGGAUGAAACAGAAUCUACUGAAGCAGACGGUGAGGUGCAGCUUGUGACAGAGUGCUGGGUGGAGCCCCAGUAUGGCGUCUGCUGCAACAACACACCAGAGAGGCAACACUUCAAUGGCCUGACCUACCUCAAUCUUGCUAAAGCUUUCUAUCCCUAUGAUUAUGAGUGUGUAUCAAGCCUGACCACCUUUGAACACCUGGUCUACUUGUGUGAGAACAGUGCCAUACCUAGCCCUGAUGUUGUGGCAUCUAGGCAGUCAAGUUGCUGUUUUCUCAACUACAGCCCUCCCUCCACACCUGGCAACCCUUACAGCAAAAAACGAGAGGAAAGUUUCAGAUCUGAGCCAACAGUCAAUUUCAUUUCAUUCCCAUUUGACCUUCAGUCUAUCCUACCAAGAAGCCAGCAGGCAGAGUUGCUCUUUUCUACCUUCAUCAUUGGUGAUGCAAGUAAUGUCUCCCAGGAUGUUGUCCUUGACCCUAAAGAGCCGAAUGAGCUGCUGGUGACCUUGUUCUAUGACAAGCUGAAGGAGUCCCACAAUAAUGAGAUCCUGCUCUCUACAGAGGACUGUUACAGAUUUUUAGAGCAUGUGUUACAACGUCCAAGGGACCAUGAGAAAAAUCCUGUACCAUUCUCCUAUAGACUGGAUGGAGCCCAUUGUGCUGAGGGCAACUUUGCUUUUGAGCCUGGGAAUUUUUCUGAAACUGACCAUGAAAUGACCGAUGCAUCUUCUACAAGCACAAGAAAAAACCUUGAACCAGGAAGUUGGAAAGUGCCGCCAAAGAAGGAAGUGGAGAACCCAAGGCUAAUGAGCAGUGAAGCUCCCAGCAAACAUGGCAAGCUGUCCACCAAUGUUCUCUCCCCCCCUCCAGUGGACUAUGGGUACAGUCAAGCAGGAAGUGGGCCAGGUGAAACUUUGAAGCAAGCAGAAUGUUUCCACUGCCCCAUGUGGAAGUGCUAUGUAAAGAAAGAUGUCACUGAACACCUACUCUUGACCUUUGUACCUGCCUGCUUUGAUGACUUGCUGCUGCUAAAUCCCCCACCUGUGAAUGCUGAGACAACAAAAGCCAAUGAGCCCACGCUAGCACAGACAAAUGUGGUUGAUCAGAAGGUUGGAGAUGGAGCUAGUGACAGCCCAGGGCCAGAAAGUUUGGCAGAGAAAUCUCAUGUAUCUGAUGAUGGAGACAAGUCCUCAGCCUCACCCAAUGUGGAGACAAGAAAUGAAAAGGUCCAGCAGUGGGUGAACAAAAACACAGACGCCAUGAAAGCCACCAUUAGUGGACCUCUGUUGAUGCCUGUCUAUGUCUACAGCUGUCAUUUGAAAAACAUCACUAAUUCCUUGGUCAACAGGGGAAACUUCAACCUUCCGGAGGACAUCUUUGAAAACUUGUCAUUUCAUCCAGCAGAUGACACAAAAUGUCAGCGCUCACCUCGUGGUCAGCUGCUGUCAUUUGAUGUCACUAGUGAUGACCAGGAUGAUAGAGAUUCAUGGAGAAGUUCUCUUGACCGCCGGUCAACAGACAGUAAUUCCUACAGACUUGAUUCUUUCAAAGAACACUGCAAAAUCCUUUCUGAGCUUUACUUCAAUUCUUUUUUGUCAGGUGUUUUCCUUAGCUUGCAGCAGAAGUAUUUUGUGGAUAAACAGGAUGUGGAUUCAGCCAUCAACAACAUCUGUGCUGAGUCCCACCCCCUGGAGACAGACAUGACGACCUACCUGUUGGCUUCCUGCUCCCAUGUCCUGCAGCUGGUGCAGAAGGCCAAGUUCAAAGAGAAGUGUCGGGCCAAUGAUGAAAACAGGACCGCUCCAGUCUACCAUAGGCAACUUUCUGUCAGGUUCCAGGACAUGGAUCUGCAGAAAGAAGAUGAAGGUCCAAAGAUCCCUGAAGUUCUCCAACUGCCCAGUCUCUCCCUGGAGCUGACAGAAGAAGAGUGGGCCUCCAUGUCACAAGAGCCAUGUCAUCAGAUGAAGGAGAACCACCAGCUGACUGACAGCAUCAAAAACCAUUUUGCCAAGGCCAUUAAUACUUACCUGUGCCCAGUGCCUAACUUGCCAGAUUUUUAUUUUUAUUGUCCAAAUGUGAUUUCAUUAAAAACAGAGAACAGUAACAAUGAGAAAGACGAGGCAUCAGAUGGUGUAGAAGAUGGAAACAUGGACAAUGUUCAUGAAGAGGAAGACAUUGUCAUAACAAGACCGGAUGAGUUGGGUGAGACCUCUGUUGGAACAUCCAUGGAAUCUAAUCCAGAUGACACAUCCAAUGAAUCGUUUGAGGCCAAUGUAUCCACAGAGUCUGUGGACCAGGAUCCUAUCCCCCUGUUUAUCCAUUUCACCUGCACUGUCAAACAGAAGACCAAUUUCCAUCACAUGUCUCUGAGAACUGUACCACAAUGUUUUGGUCAAAUCACCAAAGGAUUGUCUGAUCCAUUUUUGUCAAUUGACUUCUCCGACUUUAAAGUGACCUUUGACAUCAACUGUCUGACACUGCUGGGGGAUAUAGAUCAUGUGCCCCGCAGGCCGUCCUAUUCACGUCUGCUGUCUAACAUGAGCCAGGGCAGUCAGACCGGAAGGGAUGAGCUGGAAGAUAGGACAUCCACAGUCAUUGGAACUCCCAAACCACUGGGUGACCCUAUCAGCCAUCUUCCUCGUGUACAGCAUGCAGCCAUCUAUGCUGUCAAGGAUGAGAUUGAGUCCAUAAUGCAAGAGGAGGUGAUCUCUGCCUUGCGUCACAUGCACCCAAUAACCUCGGAUACCCUGAUUUUUGUGGCUGAUUACAUCAGAACUGCUGUCCAGUGGAAAUCUAGGACUGCCAUGUACCAGUGUGUCAACCUCCAGUUUGUGUAUGGGGCAGACCAGAGCCUUAACUUGUUCAUUGAGGAAUUUGAGAGAACACAUUUUCAAGGUUACAGACUAACAAAAGAAGGAAGUUACUAUUUCUUGAUUGUCAACAAAGCCAUGGCCCACCAGAUGAGGUAUCAGCAGUUUGAGAUAGCCCAUGGCCCAGAGAAUGAAAACAUGGCCAUGUGUAAGGAAGAGAGGAGUUUUAGCCUGCCUUGUGUCUUCCCUGAGCCAGGCGACCAGCUGAACCUUCCCGUGGGGACGCAGUCUCUGAUCAACAUGGAGGACACUGAGACCUCUGGGGACACCAGACACAGGCCACGCAGUGCAUCAGACACCAAGUCCCAUCCCCGGCUACAAAGCCAGGCCAGUGGUAUCAAAGUUGGGCCGUCCCUGUCUGAGAGCAGUUCUCCUGGUCAGCUCAUAGCUGCUUCACUCUUGACUGGUCCACUUCUUGCCAUUCAGGAUUUGAGAAUCAAAGAAGAAGAUAAGGAUUCAGAAAUAUGCCUUAAAAAGUCCAGUAGUUUUGCUGGCUUACAUGGAUCCCAUGGUCGUUCACCUGCUAAUACAGCCAGCAGCUCUAGGAGCCGUCACUGCUCCGCCCCAUCAGGACCCUUGAGUGUUGGCAGCCGUCCUUCCACUCUCCCACAGUCACCUUCUGUCAUUUCUUCUAGGGAGUCCACAACAGAUGAUGGUUUUGAUGGUGAUGUGAGUGACAUGGAGCUAGAUGAGACAGCCUCAAUGUCUGACAUCAGUAGCUCCUACCCAGAGCUGCCUGACUACUGGCUACUUGUACAGAUACAUGCUGACAAGGCUGAGGUCUUUUUCCACUCCAGAGAAAUCAUGGAAGAUGCCCCGCCCACUGACCAACAGAACAUUUACUCCACCGCUAUAGAAAACAUUGACUCAGUGUGUCGUAAAGUCAACCAGGCACUGCUGUUAAAAGAACUAAACAAAAGUAAAGUGUGUAACGCCUUGUUAGUUCCUGAGGCUGAUGAAGAUAUUAACUGGGCCAGUAAGGCAACUAAGUCAGGACUGACUAAAGCUGAUGGCUAUGACAUUGAUGAUGAUGAUGAUAGUGAGGAAGGUCAAGGUUACCUAGCAGCAGCCAUGGACUUUGGUCCCGGCUACUUUGCCUGCGAUGUGGUGUGGCAGAGCCAUUUUGUCCUACCCCCCAGACUGAGGUGUGUCCAGCGUCCAGGCCUGCCGUCCAAUGGUGUUCUGGCACUCAGACAAGUCCUCAACAACUUCCUUGUGACCAACAGGAAAAACAUGUUCGUCAUAGAGGAGCUCUCCUCCAGGAAUGUCUUUUACCUCAGGCUGAAAGAGAUUCAAGUGGCCCAAGAUUCUGACAUAGAGCCUGACAGUUCAGUCUCAGACUUCAAUCAAAUGUCCUCCAUCAGACAGCAGAAUAAAGGGGAUAGUGACUCUGUGUCCUUGACCUCAAGUUUAGGCCGCCAAUCUUCUAAAUAUGAGGAAGCUGUAGAGAUCACAGUCCAUGGGAUUGAGGAUGUAGGAAAAGAAAUCAAGGAUGACCUGAUGAAAAUGCUUCAAAACAAACUAGAUGACGCACUAUUGGACAACUUGACAGCCAUGUUUGGCAGAAACCCACAGAGUAAACUGAAGCCAGAUGAUAUCACAUUCAUCCAGAAACCUCACCAUCCACCAGUGGACACUCUGCUCUUGACCAUCCCUGGACACUGCUCUAUGUACCUGGUGGCUUUAAUGUACUACCUCAAGCAGAACUUGCUGCAGUUUCUCAAUGUCCCAAAUUAUGUUGAUCUACACCCUACAUGUCAGUUUCAGGAUCUGUAUGAUGGUGUGUGGGCCCCCAUCCCCUCAGACAAAGUUUAUCUGUACAUCAGACCCCAGCCUGGAGGAGGAAAAGGCCUUGCAUGCAUCACGGUGAACCUUGUGGAUGGUCAGGGGAAACAGGUCAAGCUGCUCAACUGUCCAGCUCCAACCAAGAACAACAUGCCCUCUCUCAGUGACCCCAGUGAAUUUGACAAAUAUGUCCAGACUACAGUCCAUGAGAAGUCAGCCUCAUCCAGACCAGGACCAACAGCACUGAUACAGUUCAGGAUCUGGGAGUGUGGCAACUCUGAUGUUAAAGUUCUUCGUGAGCGCUUGAUCGCAGCAGUACGUCAUGCGCUGUGUGACAUAGUCAUGGAGUAUUUCAUGCUUACCUCCCCUAUCUGCUCUGUGCCUAAGAACCUGAUGGACGUGUGUGCCCCACCUGUCUCCUCUCUCCCUGCUUCACCAACCAAAUUACCAGCUGAAAGUCUAGAGAGGAAGCACAACCCCCUGUCACGCAAGCUUUCUGUGGACCCACCACGCAGUGUCACACAUUCCAUCUCCAUGUUUUCUUCAUUCCCUGAGCACAAGCAUCAAGAGAUUGUAGGGAAGUGCCUGGACUUCAACACAGUUCCUGCAACAACUGACCAGUCCCCCCUCCCCCGGACACCAGGGGCUGCACAAGCUGCCAGGGGCAAGGAUCUGCCAGAUAUGAGACCCCCUGUGGCCAAGUAUGAGAGUGGGGAGAAAGGGAACCUUCACCCCGUCUUCUGCUCUCUCAUCAAACCUUGGAUGGAGUUUUGUCAUAGUAUAGGUGUCCCAUCUGUAUACAGCAGCAAGUUAAAGUUCCAGGCCAAGUACUCCAUAGACUUUGUCAUGAAAGAACUGAACCAGUCCAUUCCCUCUAUAGCAAGUGACACCAGCCUCAAGAUUUUCAAGGUCAUCCAGACCAGCACACCAUCCCAGCCACCUUAUGGUGUUCUUUUCACACCAUGUAAAGUGACACCAAGGGAUAUCCACAUGAACAGGGUUCUGGAAAGUUUGGCUGCCAAUGGUGGUAAAGUUAAUCUGAUAGCCAUUGGUCGAAGCAUGGACCAAUGGCAUGACACAGUUCUGGAACAUCAGGAUAUGAUUCCCAACAUUUCCAGCUCAGCAUUAAAAGGCUACAGAAUGAACCAGAAGUUCCAGCUCCAGAUGCCAGACACAGACAGUAAGGUCAGUGAGCCAGGCAACCUGAAGUCUGCUGAGAAGGACUUUGUACCCAGGCAGAGGCUGAUUAUCAUUACGUGUGAGAAAAAAGAGCUGUCUCUAUUAUUGUACAACUGGUCCAAUGAGCAGCAGUUCUCCAUAGAAAAAACAACCAAAAGGCUAAUAGAGUGGAACAACGCGCGUUCCUUUGUGCUGAACAGCAUCUUGGCCCAGAAAAUGGGUUUGUUUCAUCACUUCCAGUUUACUGAGCUACAAUAUGCAACAACUCAGAAUCCAUUCACUCAGUCCCCUGGAGAAGUGGAAAGUUUAAUACGUAACCACACCCCGCGGGACUUUCAGAGGAGGAAUAGCAGUAUGUCAGUGAAGGAAAGAGAAAAGUCAGGCCACCGUCCAAUCAAGAGAAUCAUACCGUUUGACCAGACCUACAAGAUGAUUGUGCCACCCAAGCACCUGAAUAAGAUAACGGUUAGACUGACACUAGACCCAGUCAGUCGCCAUGGGAUACCAACACAGGAGCUUAGAGCUCAGUCUAGACAAGACAAACAGCAGACGUCAGCUAGCCGCAAAGAUUUGGCUGAAGAGAAGGUCCUGCUGGUCAACAUCAAGGAUCCUGUCUUUCAACAUGGCCACCAGUUGACUGAGGCACAGAGAGCAGUUUUUGAAGAGGAAGAUCACAGCAAGUUGUACUCAUUGUAUCUUGGCUUCUUACAGAUGAGUGGUAAAAAUAAAGCAAACCCACCUAUAAUGGAAGACUAUUUGAUGCAACUGAAGCGCUCAUGUCGGCUGUUCCAUUACUGUGCCACUCCCCUGAUAUUUUCCUCCUCCUGGCGCCAGAGUGUGGUACAGAAGACAACAUGUAAGACUGACAAGUCCAGGCAGGACAACAAUCCAGCUUCAACAUACAACAUUUUAAAUGCUACAGCAGGGCUGAUAGCAGGGGGCACACCCACAACACCAGACAGGACCCACAAAACUUUUCCCAAUCUGUUGCCUGUACCAAGUCCUGUCAGUAGAUCUCGCCAUAGCUCUGGGACAUCCAACAUCAGCUUUAAGGGCAAACCCAAUGAAGAGUUGAGCAGGAAGGGUUCUGAGGCUAGACUCUUCCAUGGGCGCAGCAGGUCUGAUGUGGAGGAGGAGGAGGCUCAGUGGCACGUGGACCUGAGGAAGAGGUUCAUGAAGGAAUACAAGCAGUACCUGCACCAGCUUGGCUUCAUCAAACUCAAGCUGCAGCCUGUGCUCAAAAUGCAAGGCUCCUCAAUGUCUUUCCAAGCUGGAUCUCCAGAUAAAAAACCAAUGAACCUGCAGAAAACACUGACUGGUGGGAUUCUAGUGAUGGAGCUAAGCUUCAGGCAGGAGUUCUUCUGUGUCAAGAUGUUUGCCAUAGGUUGCUCUCAGUUCAAGGUCAAUGUUAACCCACAGGUAGAGGAGGAAUAUAUGCACCUGAUCUUUGUGGACGAGUGUGACCGCUACAAAGAUCUGAUCCAUGUCCACUCUUUUGCCCAUGAUUUUCAUCUUCGUUGUGUACAAACCUACCUCAGCAAGGAGCAAAAAGUUUCUUUCCUUCCUAUGGACUUUGACCUUGAAAGUUUUCUGAAUGACUUUAAGCAGAUCUACCCUUACCCUCCCAGCUUCUCAAGAAACUGUUUACACCAGGAUUCCAUCAUCCUACCCAAGCUGUUGUUCCCAGGCACCAUGCUGUAUGAGUACAUGCUCAGGUUAAAAACUAACGAGUCAGCUAAAUUUUUUACAACACGUGGCAAGUCUGUAUUAGUGAUCCAUGAACUGCUAGAACUGUGUAGCCAGACCCAGAGCACAGAGGAUUACCAGCCAGAGAAGUACAUAGCUGGGCUCAUCAUGACCAAUGCCACCCCUGAAGGAACUGCUGAUGCCAUGAAACUGGUGCUCAAAUACUUCACAGUGCUGACCAGAGAUCAGGACUGCUAUCCACUACAGACCCUGGAGAAAGAUUUUGGUGAGACAAAAGGCACAGUGGGAGGCAGUGGUAAAGUGAAUGAAAACACAGAAAGAAAGGAAUCAGAGAAUGAUCAGUGCAAGCCUAUAGCUGUGAGACAACACAUCUGCAUGCGGAGGGUCCAUGUCAACUAUAGGGGAUACUCCAACAUGCAACAACUGGCACUGUUGCAGACACUCUUUAAGCAGAGUGAGAAGGGGAGAGAAAAAAUACUUGAGAUGGUAGAGUUGUCAACAAGGAAAUGUCGUCGUGAUUAUCUGUGGCAGCGUCUCCUGACAUCUCAUCAUGUUGAAGAUAGCAGCAAGAAAAAAUCUGCUGAUCCUGAUGACAGCACUGAUUCAGGUGCUCCGUUCAGCUCUGAAGAAUUUUUUGAGCUGCUUCAAAGUGUGGCCACCAUUUCACUGAAUGAGGUGGACAGCCAGCUGACCCCACUGUUCAACAUGCCCUACCACUGGUACCAUGGGCUGUACACAGCUUUUGUCAACAAGUACCCUGGCUCACACCGCUGUUUUACUAGUCCAAACAACAAGACACAGUACAUUGUUGUUUUUAAUGCAAACAAUUUGGAUAUGUUUGCUAUGCUGGCUUUGACAGAUUCAACUGAACAAAUGGAACUUUGCGUAGUGACAAAGGAAAAGCUGGUGGACUUCAAGAAACACCUGCCUGAUUACCCAAACCUGCCUCUGUACAGUCUACAGACCCAUGUGGAGGACCUGGUCAAUGUCUGCUGUUACCACAUGUGGGCCAGUAUGCUGCAGUGAUUGCCACAUGUGGACCUGUAUGCUGCAGUGAUUGCCACAUGUGGACCUGUAUGCUGCAGUGAUUGCCACAUUUAAACCUGUAUGCUGCAAUGAUUGCCACAUGUGGACCUGUAUGCUGCAGUGAUUGCCACAUGUGGACCUGUAUGCUGCAGUGAUUGCCACAUGUGGACCUGUAUGCUGCAGUGAUUGCCACAUGUGGGCCUGUAUGCUGCAGUGAUUGCCACAUUUAAACCUGUAUGCUGCAGUGAUUGCCACAUGUGGACCUGUAUGCUGCAGUGAUUGCCACAUGUGGACCUGUAUGCUGCAGUGAUUGCCACAUGUGGACCUGUAUGCUGCAGUGAUUGCCACAUGUGGGCCUGUAUGCUGCAGUGAUUGCCACAUUUAAACCUGUAUGCUGCAGUGAUUGCCACAUGUGGACCUGUAUGCUGCAGUGAUUGCCACAUGUGGACCUGUAUGCUGCAGUGAUUGCCACAUGUAGACCUGUAUGCUGCAGUGAUUGCCACAUGUGGACCUGUAUGCUGCAGUGAUUGCCACAUGUAGACCUGUAUGCUGCAGUGAUUGCCACAUGUGGACCUGUAUGCUGCAGUGAUUGCCACAUGUGGACCUGUAUGCUGCAGUGAUUGCCACAUGUGGACCUGUAUGCUGCAGUGAUUGCCACAUGUAGACCUGUAUGCUGCAGUGAUUGCCACAUGUGGACCUGUAUGCUGCAAUGAUUGUCACAUGUAGACCUGUAUGCUGCAAUGAUUGUCACAUGUAGACCUGUAUGCUGCAGUGAUUGCCACAUGUGGACCUGUAUGCUUCAGUAAUUGCCACAUGUGGACCUGUAUGCUGCAGUGAUUUUAACUUGUUAACCUCUACAAUAAUUCAGUUAAAAUUUUUCACAAACAAAAGCUUAAUAUAUUUUUCUUUGAAAAUGUAAAAAAGGAAUAGGCAUCAAUGUAUAAGCUAUGCUUUGUAUAUGCAAACAUAAAUUAUUCUUUUUUGUACUAAAGCAAAUUAGAUAUAUUACAAUGCUCAAAUAUCAAUGGAUUUUUUUGUCGUGAUGAAAUGAAAGAAGUUUGUACAGAUUUUCUUGAAAUUGUCAUUUUAUUGUUCUUGUGUAACAUGAGUUGCUGUUCUUUUUUAUAUCUUCUUUAAUUUGUUCAAGAUUGUUCCAUUAAAUAACAGAACAAGCCUUUUGUGCAAUAAGUUUGUAUGAGUUGAGCCUCUGACAGGGUACCCUCAAUUUUUCACAUGUCCCAGAUUUGGUUUUAUGAAUGAAAAGAAUAACACAUUCCCCUACAUUCAUCUAACAUCACUUGUGUUGAGUUUUUUUCUUAGCUAUUCUUUUUUUUUUAAUUUGAAAAUAUUUUGUUUUGUAACUAAAAAAUUUUUCUUUAAGAUUUCAUAAACUUAUACACAGAAUUGCUGCUAGCAGGCCAGUAAAUUGCCAAGACUUAAAAAAAUAUUUACCUCUGGCAAAUUAUGUUUAUAUUUUUGUAUUAGUACAUACAUAUUUUUUCUUUAUACAUCUGUGAAUGAAGAUGCAUAUAAUUUAUAACCAGAUUUGAAAAGUUUCAGUAUGACUACUGUUGUAUGAUAAAAGUGUGUACAUAUGGAUGGCUCAAGUUGUUGAUAUGUGGUUGGCUUUUGUAUAGCUGGUUGUGUGUUCAUAGCUCACUGAUGAUUGAUAAAUGGCAGAACAAUGGAUUUUUCUUGAUUGUUGAGCGGAUAAAACAAACUUCAAAUUUGAUUGCCUUUAGUGCAUUAUCAUGAAUAAACUUCUUUAAAAUUGAA